AUGGCAGAAGAAACCAGGACCGUCAAAGCCAGCUGCCUCUGCGGCAUCUUCAACCACGAUAUCACCCUCCCAUCUACCGCCUUUCCACUCUAUGGCCACAUGUGUCACUGCGCCACCUGCCGCCACGUGUCAGGUGCUUUGGCAACCACUCCAGCAUUCCUGCCUAGCUCGUUUGAACCGUCCCAGCCAAUGCUCGAAAAGCUCAGCACGUUCAAGCCCACCCAGCGGGGCACGGUGUACUUUUGCCCGACCUGUGGCGCGCAAGCUAUGGGUCGCUAUCGGAUCAGUGGUGAGGAUGAAGAGAGCAAGUUCCUAUGGAUCAUCGCUACCGGGAGUCUGGAGCAGCUGGACGGUAUCGUGGAGUUCGGAGCACACAUGCAGAUUCGGGACACCAUCGACGGCGGGCUUGCUACCUUUCUACCGUCCGUAGACGGCAAGACUCUAGCACGGUGGCCGGCGAACUACCACGAGGGCGAACAGCUUCCUUUCGAUUGGACUGGUGCAGAACAAGGAGCUGUGCCCGAACCAUCUUCAAAAGACAUGUUGCAUGGCUCCUGCAAAUGCAAAGGCACACAAUUCUACAUCGCCCGUCCUUCGACCCGCUCAGCUUUGACUGAGAAGUACUGGCCUUCCACCCCGCCCAACGACUGUUCAGAGUCCGAGCUACCUCCCAAGAGCGAGACGCACUGGCUUCAAGACAACCGUACCAAGUUCUUAUGCUCGCUCUGUGUAUGCAACUCCUGCCGCCUCGCCUUGGGUAUGGAAGUGACCAGCUGGGCAUUCGUCCCUCCCUGCGACAUCUUCCUCGACGCGGAAGGCAAAACUCCCGUGCCUCACUCAAUGGAGUUUGGCACGGUGAAGCACUACACUUCCUCACUUGGAAUUCACCGCUACUUCUGCGGCGAUUGCGGUGCGACAUUGUUCUACAAUGCUGAUGACCGGAGACACUACACAGACAUCGCAAUGGGGCUGUUUGAUGCUCCGGGGGGUGCUCGAGCGGAGAGCUGGUUCAGCUGGCGGCCUACUGGCGUCGACUAUGCCGAGGAUGCGGAAGGCAGGGCGGAGAGCCUGGCGAGGAGUAUCCAGGCAGGGUUCGAGGCGUUCCAGAAGCAGCAGGACAGGAAGUGA